AUGGCUUACAAGUCCGACGAUGGCGCUUCGGAUCCUCUGCUUGGAGGUUUCUCCGACUCAUCGACUUCCACCAAUGUGCCCUACGACCGCACCUUGGAAAUGUCUGUCGACGGAGAAGAUAUAUGCGCGCCAAAAAAGCGAAAUUUAGGGGACUCCUACUUGAAGCAGCUCGAAUACACGCCGCUAAUUUUCAAGCAGAAAAUGAAAAGGAUUGGUAGUUUUAUCGCUUCAAUGUCACCAAUGCGUCCCCGCAGGCCUCGUGAUGACGACCCUUUGGGGGACGUCUUUCCCUAUCAUCAAUCGAUCAUUCCGUCAAAAGGAUCCAUUCGCGGCUCGGUGUUCAAUUUGGCUGGCGCAACUCUCGGUGCAGGAGCACUGUCGUUGCCGUACGCAGUUGCAGUUUCCGGCUUAGGUUUUGCCGUGGCACAGCUUGUAUUGGCAGCGAUCCUGACGGUGUACACAAUUCGACUACUAAUUCGUGCAGAGGACAUUACCAAACUGAAGUCUUACGAGGAUCUGUCCAUGCAUUGCUUCGGGUCAAAGGUUGCAAUUUUCGUGGAGAUCAACAUCCUUAUUUUCUGUUUCGGCAUUUCGGUUGCCUAUCUCGUGACGCUGGGCGACAUAAUCACUCCACUGAGCGAGCUUGUUUUUGGGCCGCACAGCAUGUUCACGCAGCGGUGGAUGCUCAUGACAAUAUCGUGUGGGACGAUCAUGCUACCACUAUCUUUACUGAAAGACAUAAGCAGUCUGCAAUUCUCGUCAAUACUGGGAGUGUUCAGUAUUAUUUUUCUUGUUGUGGCAGUUGCUAUCCGGUCAAUUAUGUAUGCAAGUGCCCAUGGGAUACCGGAUGACGUCAGCUGGACGAUUGAUACAAGUCGUGGCCCGGACUUCAUGCUUAGCGUGCCUAUUGUCAUGUUCGCAUUCACGUGUCAGGUCAACGUCUUCUCAAUUUAUACGGAGCUACAGCGCCCGUGUAUCCGCCGUAUGAACAAGGUGGUGGACCGUGCAACGCUUGUAUCAUUUUUGGUUUACCUGUCGAUCGGUGUGGUGGCAUAUCUGGCCUUCGGAUCUCAGCUUGUGGAUCCGAAAUACAAGGGGAACAUCCUUCUAAGUUUUCCCCUGAAUGACACGUUGAUCGCGAUCAGUCGAGCCGCCAUCACAUUUACUGUGGCUGUGGCAUUCCCGCUGAAUAUUUUUCCCUGCCGCUUCACCAUCGACAUGAUGUUUUUCGCUAACUCGGAGGACUCGUGGUCGCGUCACGUGGCCGUGACAAGUAGUCUUGUGCUACUGGCGCUGGUGCUGGCCGUCUUUUGUCCUGGCAUCAACGUGAUUUUUGGCAUCAUCGGCGGAACUUGCUCCUCUGUCGUCUGUUUCUGCCUCCCGGCCGCAUUCGUUUUAAAGCUUGAGGAUGGUCCCCUGCUUGGUCCCAAGAAGGUUGGUCCAGUGCUGUUGCUCAUCGGCGCGAUCGCGAUCGGGUUUACGGGAACGGGUGUGACGGUGCUGUCUAGCCUGCUCGUGCCGCCGUCGUAA